AAGUGACGCUUGUGGCCCACAUCACCGUCCUUUCUGCCCGGAGAAAGCAGCUGUUUAUCCGAAAAGAAAAAAAAAUCACAUCUGACACCAAGUCAUGACCGACGCAGAAAAAAGUGGAGCGGAGGCGCAGAUGAGGCUGUGAGGGGGCCAGAGGGGCUCGCACAUGCGGGACUUCAGGGUAAAUAUAAAGAGACAAGAGAUUGUUCUUAUUGUGGCGCAUCAGCCGUCUGGCGCCGGGCGGCUCUUUAACAAACUGAGUCCAAGUUAAUCAAGAGCUGCGGCGCUGGAUUUAUAAAGGAGCUCAGCGGAGCGGGGUGCAGGGCUGGUGGGGGCCAGCGUGGCUCCCGGAGCCGCGCACUGUCCUUGCUUUGACAAAAUCCAACCUGUCGGAGAUUACACGCUACCACGGCCUGCCCUCAGCUCUGAGACUGAGCACUAAAUCAUCUCAUCGCUGCAACUGUUUGAUGUGGCUAUGCAAACGACUCUCUACACAAAAUCACCACGACAUAAAACAACAGCAAUAAUACAAGUGCACUGACAUUAAUAAUAUUUAGUCUCAUUUCAAUAAAACACUCUAAAUAUGUCCGAGAGUUUGCAAGAAAUGCAACUUUUUGUAACUUUAUCCAAACAAGGAAGACUUAUCGAAGUGAGCACUCACCGCUUUCUUUCUCCCUGAUUUUUCUUUCAAAAAUUCAUUCAUCACCCUUCAUCUGGUUUCCUCUUUUUUUUCCUCCACGCAGCAUCUGGGUUUGUCUCUUCCAGCCUUGUGUGUGCGCUGCGCCGCAGUGCUGCCGCUGCGGCUGCCGCUGCCCUCCCGUCAGCCCGAUCAGGGCAGCGCACAGAUAAACGGCUCUCGCCUGGGGAAGCCGGGCUGGAGGAGGCUGAAGUCAGCUAACGCAGCCUGGGCUAGAGGGAGGCAAAUCCAGCCUAAGCGUCAGGACGGCCGAUAACAUGGAAUAAUUACAAGUCUGUUAUUAUAGAGAGCGACCGAGAGGGCAGCAGCUCUUUGAAAUAAAUCUCUCCGGAAUGUAGAGCGAGAGCUGCGAGUCGUGGAUUUACUGUUGUGAGUUGUUCUAAAAGACAGUGGUGAACGUGGAGAGCCGGAGCUGUUCCUCUGUAUUAAGGUGGGUAUUAACACAGUGAGUCUGUGGACAGGUUGCUUUCUCCGGAGGCGAGAUUGUAAAAACGCAAGCCGAGAGAGGUGAUGCCUCCACCGGCCAAGAACUGAGGGCUGACCCGGUGUUUGGCUUGGAAAUGGGGGUGGGAUUUCCCGAGCUUUCCUGUCAUUGGUUAAUAUUUUAUUCUGUUGACAUGUUUUCUUACUGCUAAUGCUUCCGACACCUUCUUGCCCCCCUCCUCUUCGAGAGUCUGGCCGGAGCUGUCAGAACCACGCCUAUAGGGGCCCACAAUUGGUCCAGAAAGCGUAAAAUCAGCAAUCAAAGGGGCUUGGUUCAUUAGUGUUGGGGAUGGAGGCAGGAAGGACAUGUGAGAUAGUCACAGAUCUGCAGUGAACGCGGCCACAUCUCUCCAGUCAGUGUGGGAUGACUGAAGCAGAGAAACUGCUUAUUUCUCUGAGAGGUUCACAGCGCAGCCGGGCACUGCCUUCACAGCGCCGCUUCCACUGAAGGACUCGGCGGAGGAGCCAAAGGAAAAGUACAUCAGCAGCAACUCUGGGCUAUUUUCUUCACCCUGAUUACGCGCUGUGUGUUUGACAAGGCGCUGCGCUCCUCCGUACUGCUUUACAGAAAUUAACUGCUCGCGAAGCGCGGACCUACACUGGCUCUAGUUUGGGGGGAAAUACCAAUAAAAACAUCCAUUAUUUCAUUUCGGUUUUUGUGGAUGCACCGAUGAGAGAUCCAGUUUUUACAGGGACUGCAAUGGCUUAUCACCCUUUCCACGCACACCGGCCGACCGACUUCCCCAUGUCCGCCUUCUUAGCGGCCGCGCAGCCUUCCUUCUUCCCUGCACUCAGCCUGCCUCCCGGGGCGCUCACCAAGCCCAUCGCGGACCACGGCCUGGCCGGGGCGGCGGAGGCUGGGCUCCACCCGGCCCUCAGCCACCAUCAGGCGGCUCAUCUCCGCAGCAUGAAGAGCCUGGAGCCGGAGGAGGAAGUCGACGACGACCCCAAAGUUACACUGGAAGCCAAGGAUCUUUGGGACCAGUUUCAUAAACUCGGGACGGAGAUGGUUAUUACCAAGUCCGGAAGGAGGAUGUUCCCUCCGUUCAAAGUGCGAAUAAACGGGCUCGAUAAAAAAGCCAAAUACAUCCUGCUGAUGGACAUCGUGGCGGCGGACGACUGCCGCUACAAGUUCCACAACUCCCGCUGGAUGGUGGCGGGCAAGGCCGACCCGGAGAUGCCCAAGAGGAUGUAUAUCCACCCGGACAGCCCGGCCACCGGCGAGCAGUGGAUGGCCAAGCCUGUUGCUUUCCAUAAGCUCAAGCUGACCAACAACAUCUCAGACAAACACGGAUUUGUCCAGACAAUCCUGAACUCCAUGCACAAGUACCAGCCCCGGUUCCACAUAGUGCGGGCCAACGACAUCCUGAAGCUCCCCUACAGCACCUUCAGGACCUACGUGUUCCCGGAGACCGAGUUCGUGGCUGUGACAGCGUAUCAGAACGACAAGAUAACGCAGCUGAAGAUAGACAACAACCCUUUUGCCAAAGGCUUCAGAGACACGGGGAACGGAAGGCGAGAGAAAAGUAUUACUGACAGGAAACAGCUGACCAUGCCGUCGCUGCGGAUGUAUGAAGACCAGUGCAAGACGGACCGGGAGGGCGCGGACUCGGACGCCUCGUCCAGUGAGCCUCCGGCCGGCAGGGACGCCGUCCACUCCCCGCUGGGAGCCGGUUCCAGCCCGCUGAGGUUCAACAGACCCAGUCGAGAUGAUAAAACAUGCACUGACAGUGAGCAGGAGCUGGAGCAUCAUGAUGAGCUCUGCACCGGCUCCAGCAGCCCGGCACCUGACCCCGUGUCCCCCUACAGCUCCAGGUGUGAGGAGCGCAUGAGGGACAGGCCCAGCAUAGAAAAGAAGGAUGACUCCAUAUUCAGUAUAAGGAACCUAGAGAAGGACAAAGCGGAGAGCCGGUUCCGGAAGGACACCACGGACGCAUUGACAAAGGACUCGGAGGCCGGAGGCAUCAGCGCCAGUAAGGACUCCUUUUCCCCGCUCAUGGUCCAAACCGAGAGCCCCUCGCACUUCAGCCCGGGCCACUUACAAAGCCUAGCUCUGUCUGGCCUGCACAGUCAGCAGUUCUUUAACCCUCUGAACACCGGAUCGCCGCUGUUGUUUCACCCCGGGCAGUUUGCCAUGGCCCCCGGAGCCUUCUCUGCUAUGGGCAUGGGGCAUCUAUUGGCCUCUGUAUCCGGUGCAAGUGGUUUGGAGAAUGGUAGCCUCACUGCCCAGGGCACAGGAGGAACCCCCAGCCCCUUCCCCUUCCAUCUGUCCCAGCACAUGCUCGCCUCUCAGGGCAUCCCCAUGCCUCCAUUUGGAGGUCUUUUCCCGUACCCCUACACCUACAUGGCGGCAGCUGCAGCGGCGGCCUCUGCCUCAGCCCUCCCAGCCACCAGCAGCUCCAGCCCACUCUCCAGGAACCCCUUCCUGAGCUCAUCCCGGCCUCGGCUCCGCUUCAACCCCUACCAGCUCCCAGUGUCGCUGCCUCAGAGCACCAGCCUGCUCACCACCGGCCUGCAGGGCAGCCUCAACCCAGGCUCUGAAUCCUCCAAACCGGGAAGCAGGGAGGCCAGCCCAGCCCCGGAGCACCACAGCAACCACAAGACGAGUGGGUCGAGUGGGAGGACGGCAUCUCCCAAAACCUCCAUGAAGGACUCUGUGAAUGAGCUGCAGAGCAUCCAGAGACUGGUGAGCGGCCUGGAGGGCCAGAGGGAACCCUCUCCAACUGCAGACUCUCCCAAGUGAUGAAGACUGUCAGUUUGGGAUGAAGACGUACCAGAGGACUAUAAGUGCAUAUGUCCUGUACAGCACAUUAUGGAGACUGGGAUGAGACCGAUAUGGGUCAGUGAAGGCCGAUAACUGGCAUUUUUCCGAACAAAGCUGCAGAUAGAAAUUUAGUCCAUAUAAUUAAAUUUAAUCUUUUUAAAUUCACAAUUAUUGAGGCUUUCGUCCAGUGCUGACCUGCUAGAAAGGGUGGAAAGCCAGUCAACAUUUUGACCUCCAUCAGUUUGCAAAACUCUCCCCUGAAUCCCAGUGUUUUAGGGCUAGCAGCUCUUGAGGGCGUUUAUACCCCCAUAGAAACUCUGGGAUACAUUUCUACAUUGAUAAAAUAAAAACAAUAAUAUACAAACCAACAAUUAAGUAAAUGUAGAAAAUAUACAAGAAAAUAUACAUGGGAACACAUUUUGGAGAGGGAAACACAAAAAUAAUGUCAAGAUAAUGUAAAGAAAAAUGUGACAACUUCAUUUCAAGGAUGAUCAGUUCCACUAUAAAAACCUAGUCAAACUUCAUCAUUUCCAUUAUAUCAGAGGUGGACCACACAAGGCCAGUAUCGGCCCCAUAUAUCGGUCUAACCUGCCUGAGGGCCUUCAGCUCCACAGACUGAGCGGCGCACAGCGGAGAGUGUGUGUUGAGUUUGGUUGACUUGAAGCAUUUGAGCAUCCAGGCCUGGUUUGUAAACAGCGAGCCGAGCCCUGAACAGGAGGCUCACCACGCCGACAGGCAGGUCUCAAGCUGCAUCCAAAAAACGCUUUCCAGGCCUGAUUAUUUCAAGAGGCAUGGAGGGAGCGACAGAAGGAAGAAGGAACAGGUAUCAUUUCAUGCCAGAAAAAUUCUCUCGGAGCUAUUUAUGUAAUUAAAGAUAAAACAAAUUCUGUAAAUAAAGCUAAGAUCCAAGAAUAUGCAAUUGGUAUUAAUUUAUUCAAGGCUGUAUAUUAGCGUGUAUAUAUUUCGAAUUUAACUCGUUGCUUUUUUUUCCUCCUCAUCCUCUCCCCCAUUUUACAUGAACAUAUACUGUAAAUGAAAGCUAUUUAGCGCUUGUUGGUUUGAGAAACUGUGUAUGAAGCAUUGCUGAUUUUUAGAAGACGUGUGUGCCAUGUUUUAGUCUGCAUCCACCGACAAAUAGAGAGGAACAGAGAAAGAGCUCCACAUGGAUUCAAAAACACCUCAGGUUAUUUCACUCCAGCCAGGAGACAUUCAAAGCAAUUCCUCCUAUGGGCGCAUCAUUCUUAUCUAUUCAUAAAUAUAUUUAAAAUGAAAGUAUCUUGUUUAUGCUGGUUGUCCGGGUUUUUUUU